GGAUGAUUUUUAAUGUCAACAUCAUUCCUAUUACAUCAACGUAUCAAGAAUGUUUAAAGAAUAUUCUUAAAACAAAAAAAAAAUCAUAUAUCAUCUUUCAAGUAAUUGACAUUUUCUUUCUUAUUUUUUUUUAUUCAGAGAACGGCAUGAAUCUUUCCUGCAUUUGCCGUUUCUGUUUCUCUAAUCACAAGCUUAAUAUGUUAAUAUUAUGAAUAGACAAAAAAACAUAAACACAUUAAGAGUUUGAUUACUUCAGAACUUCAUUCUUUUGACAGUAAAACAAAAGAAAAAAAAGCUUUGUAUUUGGUUGUGAAGAUUGAAUGAGUAAAAUCUGAAACCUACAACAUGAGUUUUGCUGGUGGGAGAGAUGGAUCUAAAGGUUUGAUGAAGAGGAUUACAUCAACUUUCUCCAUCAAGAAAAAACAGAACACAACAACAAAUGAUCCGAAACCAGUUUUUCCUCGGUCUAGAUCAACAGGUGCUAGCUAUGAAUCCAUGAGGCUGCGUCAGGGGAAAAAGGCUCUUCCUGAUGUCACAGGAAAAAAGACAAAGAGGACCAAAUCUGCAUGUGUCUCUCCUCAAAGAAGACGUGAAAAGAUCGAUGAAUCCAGGAAACAACAGAUUGAAGACAUUGAUUCCAUUUGGUUGACUUCUGAUUCUUCUAGCUCUCUUUUUGGGGAACGUAAAGUCUCUGUCUCGUUUCACUUCUCACUCGAUGAAAGCAUCGUCUCUUGGUUAUCAAAUGCUGCUAAGAAUCAAGAAGACACCAAAGAGAAUCAUCAUCAUCAUCAUCACCAGAAAAGUUCAAAGGAUGCAAAAUAUUCUUCAGAGAACAUACAAAAAGAUGGAAAAUAUGUUGGAACAGAUUCUGCAAAGCCGUGUUCUUCACGUUUACCUGAAAACAACAACAAGACUUGUGAAGAGACAUCUAAUUUCAACAGAUAUGUGAAUCCUGAGUUGACUUCACAGAGUCAUGAAGAAAAGAAAGUUACCUUCUCACUAGAAUCAGAUGUUUCUCCCUCACCGGUUAGCUCAACUCUUGGGCCAUCUACUCCUCCUAUAGCCAUACUAGCCUCGGCUUUGGAGAAAGUUGCGGAGAUUGGAGGUUCAAAGAGAAGGAAUGUUGUGGAGCCGCUUUUCUGGCCACUGGAGCAGAAGUUUGAUUGGACAACAGAUGAUAUAAUGAAGCAUUUCUCCAUGUCUCCUCAGAGAAAAAAAUAUAUAGGGUCCAAAAGUGCUAGUACCUCCCCAAGAUCAAUGAGGGCACAGCUUCAUACGAGAAAGCUAGAUCUCAAAGAAGGGUGUAAGAGAAAACUCAUGUUCAAUGGUCAUGGAUCAAACUCAAAACUAACACAGAUUCCAGAAAUGGAACGAACCGAGAUCAGAAAUAACCGACCACCCAUCAAGAAGAGUUUGAAGAGGAACAAGAGUUUGCCAUCAAGGUUGAGAAACUCGAGCGAAAUAUCUUCAAAAGUGGUACCUAUUGAAGCUACAGAAGAGAGUGUAGAGAUAAGCAGAGAGGAAAAAAAAACACCUAAGAAGCUUGUCAUGACCCGUAAGUCAAGAACAUUUUUAGAAGAUGACUUUGGUUUGAUGAAUGAUUUCUCUAUAGAAAAUGCCGUCGGACUUUGUGAGUUCAGGGGAAGAGAAGGCAUAGAUUCAGACUUCAACACUGAUUGUUUCUUGUUCGAAGAUUCUCUUUGA